AUGCCCAGCCAUCGCUAUCGACCCCGUCUGCCCGGCGGAGAGUUGGCCCCGACGCCCUGGCCGGUGUCCCUGUACCGGAUCCUGAACCACAUUGCCUGGCCCCUGGAGGCGGACGCGGGUCGCUGGAUUGUUCUUCUAGACCGGGCGCUGAUUUUCCUCGGCUUCCUCGUCUUCUGCGAGCACAACGAGGUGGACUUUCAUUACCUGAUGGCCAAUCGGCGGGACAUGGACAGCCUGCUGACGGGCAUGCCCACGUAUCUGAUCCUGGUGGAGAUGCAGAUACGCUGCUACCAGCUGGCCUGGCACAAGGAUCGCUUCCGGGCACUGCUGCAGCGCUUCUAUGCGGAGGUCUACGUGCGGGAGGAGGCGGAGCCCCAUUUGUUUGCCAGGAUCCAGCGGCAAAUGCUGGCCACGCGGGUCAAUUCGACCGUCUAUCUGCUGACCCUGUUCAAUUUCUUUCUGGUAGCAGUGACGAACGUCAUCUACCACCGCCGCGAGAUGCUCUACAAGCAGGUGUAUCCCUUCGACAACACCCAGCUGCCCUACUUCAUCCCACUGCUGGGGCUCAACUUCUGGGUGGGCUUCAUCAUCACCAGCAUGCUCUUCGGCGAACUGAAUGUGAUGGGCGAGCUGAUGAUGCACCUGAAUGCCCGGUAUGUCCAGUUGGGCCAGGACCUCCGCCGCUCGGCCCGAAGGCUGUUGGAGGGGCGUGGCACCAUGGACAUAGCUGCGAGCUAUCGUCAGGAGCUAACCCACAUCCUGCGGAGGAAUACGGCCCUCAGGGAAUUCGGCCAGCGGAUGGAGGAGGAGUUCAGCCUUCGCAUCUUCGUCAUGUUCGCCUUCAGCGCAGGUCUGCUCUGCGCCCUCUUCUUUAAAGCUUUUACGAAUCCCUGGGGUAAUGUGGCCUACAUUGUGUGGUUCCUGGCCAAAUUCAUAGAGUUGCUGGCCUUUGGCAUGCUGGGGUCUAUUUUGCUCGAGACAACAGACGAACUGGGCAUGAUGUACUACACCGCCGACUGGGAGCAGGUGGUCAAUCAGUCGCAGAAUGUCGGCGAGAAUGUCAAGCUGAUGAAACUGGUGACCCUGGCCAUUCAACUGAACUCAAGGCCCUUCUUCAUUACGGGUCUGAAAUAUUUUCGGGUCAGUCUGACGGCAGUGUUGAAAAUCAUCAAGGGCGCCUUCUCCUACUUCACGUUUCUAAAUUCGAUGCGUUGAACUGUGCCGGAUUGCUGGAAUAAUUGUGUUGCCAAUCAUUCGGAAAUUAUGCG